GAAUGAUUGCAUAUUUACCAUGAUGCAUCAUGUUGCUGGUGAUUUGCGGAAUGUGAAUGUCCUUCUCCAGCCAUGUAUUUUGAGGACCUUUUUGCGUAUUUGGAAAGAAGGAUUUGAGCUUUGUGUGGAUUGGGCUGAUCUCAUUGAAUAUAUACUACGAAAGUGUACACGUAUUAGAACUGAGAAUCCUGAUGGCAGGGUGAAUUCGAUGUUCCCAAGACCAUUGUCCGAACCUGUUGCCAUUGAAUUAACUGAUGAUGAUCUUGAUCAACUUUACACAAUGUAUAAAAACUCCAGCAGUGAACAAGAUUUAAUGGAUAAGAUCCGUGACAUCUGUUGUGAUGACUCUAUUGAGGAACCCAUCAAGAAAGAGGUGAUUCAGAAGCUGCUCGCUCGAGGCUUCAUCACUUCCAGUGAAUGUACUAAGCUUUGCGAAGAGAUUCAACCUGUGAGUUAUUCAUGCUUUCAUGAAAGCAGUUCUGUGCUGUUGAUUAAUUGCUUUAUUCCUGACACUAACAUCAGAAUAGAUACAACAUUUUAACUAUGCUUUAUUAUU